AUGGAGGGUUCGCCCAAAGGGUUAAGAAAAGGUGCAUGGACGGCUGAAGAAGAUAGUCUCUUGAGGCGAUGCAUUGGUAUAUUUGGAGAAGGCAAAUGGCAUCAAGUUCCUUUAAGAGCUGGGCUUAAUCGGUGUAGGAAGAGUUGUCGACUAAGAUGGUUGAACUAUUUGAAGCCAACUAUCAAGAGAGGAAAACUUAGCUCUGAUGAAGUUGAUCUUCUUCUUCGCCUUCAUAAGCUUCUAGGAAACAGGUGGUCCUUAAUUGCUGGUAGACUACCCGGUCGAACCGCUAAUGAUGUAAAGAAUUACUGGAACACCCAUUUGAGUAAAAAACACGAACAAUGUUGUAAGACCAAGAUGAUAAAGAGAAAUAUUCCAUCCUCUUCUACGACACCCGCCCAAAAUAUUGACGUUUUCAAACCUCAACCUCGAUCCUUCACUGUUAACAACGGUGGCAGCCAUCUCCAUGGUCUGCCAGAAGUUGACGUUGUUCCUCUAUCCCUUGGACUCAACAACAUUAAUAAUGUCUGUGAAAAUAGUACGACAUGUAACAAAGCUGAUCAAGAGAAGUGUGACCUUGUUAGUAAUUCAAUGGCUGAAGAGAAAAUGUGGUGGGAGAGUUUGCUGGAGGAGAGCCAAGAGCAAGAGGUGCUCGUUCUAGAAGCUGAGGCAACAGAAAAGGGGGCAACCUCCGCGUUUGACAUUGAGCAAGUUUGGAAUAUGUUGGAUGGAAAGACGGUAGAACUUGAUUAG